AUGAAAUCAACCAAACACUGUAAGUUCGCAAUUUUACCUACGGUGAUAGAAAUUACAGUGGAGACUCCAGAUGAGUCGCGGGUGACACUCAAGGGGAUAUCAACGGACAGGAUUUUAGACGUGAGGAAGCUGCUAGCUGUCCACGUAGAAACAUGCCAUGUGACAAACUACUCCCUUUCUCAUGAGGUAUGGACUUGGAUGUGUGCAUUAUAUGGUUGGAUGUUUGCACUCUGA